AUGCGGCACUCAUUGGGGCUAUGUCAGUGGAAAGACCUGCUGCUUCAGUGGAGAAUAUACCUUCAAGGUGCACAAACGCUGACAAGGAGGGCGGCGCUGCAGCUGCUACAGAAGACGGUGGAUGAGUCGCGCGCUGCCGCGACUGCGUCGGGGAGGUCGCCGCUGGCCACGAAGAGUCACUCGGUAAUGAUUUGGAGAACGUUGGCCCAUCAGGAGGUUCAGUGGGCCGACUGCUUGUCUCUGAUGGACGCCCAGUGGGACACACUUUCACCAGAUCAGAGACGUUUCCUUCAAAAAAGCCUCAACAGCGCGGAAUCAUGGCGUCACCUGCCGUCCCUCAUGGCGGAGGCCUGGCAGCCUGCAACGGAGCUGUCGGCGGUCUACGCUCGCCUGCUGGUGACAGAAACCAUGGUCCAGUUCACCACCCUCGUUCAUGCCGCUCUGCGGGAGCGUCCGCAUCUAGGCGGUGUACUGCCUGUCACACCACAGGUGUUAAUGCGGUGCUAUGUACUUGGGAGAAGCCAACCAGAAGUUGCGUUGCAAUGUUGUCGGGUUCUGUCGCUGUCGAACACAAUCACCGUUUCGAGGAGAGAAAGAGAGGCACUCUCGUUUGCUUACGCCAUGCUGCAUGCUCAAAAUGGUCAAUGGAGUGUUGCCUUGUCUGUGCUGAAUGCCGUGCGUGAGGUCCGCCCCUCUGCGAAGCGACUUUUUCGAACCUACACGUCUCAGACAAGCCAGUGGCUUCGCGCCAUUGCUAGCCUAGAACCAAUAGAACCGCGUAGCGUGGCCGAGGCGAUUGCGCACGCUCCACACUGGUCCCAUGCACUGAGGACAUUUGAAAAAUGGGAGUCCCAUGAGGCGAUUUCGGCCUUGCUUGCGCGCUCAGAUUGUGUUGGCGCGAUGGGAUGGGAGGCGUCAUUACGCCUUUGCGCUGUGGCCCGUAUUCAAAGUUACGGUCUGAUUCGAUCUAUUCUCACGACGGUCCCACCUGACCACCCCCAGCUGAUGCAGCUACACGCAAAUGCCAUACGUCCUGCUGCGGAGACGAUGUACGCUGGUACGUUGACGCGUAGAGCAUACAAGUUUGUCCAAGCUGGGGGUUGGGCCGAGGCCAUAGGCUUGUUAUGCGGGUGCCGUUACUACGACGAUCGCUCUGCCGCUUGCACCGUAUGCUCCGCGCGGUUCUGCCCUACCCCACGAUUUGUUGAAGUAUGA